CAACAUCUUCACAACCGUAAAACCCGAUACUACUCCCUCGUCACAAGGCGACCCGGGUUACUGCUUGAAGGAACUUAGUUGUGAUGCUCGAGACUCGUGCCGAACUUGAGCCAUGGCGCACCUGUUUCGUGGCAAGCAGGCCGGCAUCGCGACCGAUCUCUCAGUAGGUGUGUCGUCCGAGGUAUUCAUGCUGGAUGAGUUCGCUCGCUAUGGCCCCAAUUCUCAAAUCUCCGUCCUUGCCUACGAUCCCGUCCAGUCCCUCCUCGCCGUUGGCACGAAUGAAUCCCAGUUCGGCGCUGGCGUCGUCAAUGUCUAUGGACAGAAGCGUGUCGACGUGACCUUCCGACCUCCCCGGCCCGCUUCCAUUCGAGCCAUUCAGUUCUGUGCCGACAAGCUGAUUGUCCUGGACUCCAAGAACGACGUCAGCGUCUUCAGCCUCGAUAACAAGCACAUGGUUGCGAACUACGCACCUCCCGGCCAUGUAACCGCUCUGCUCACUGAUCCAAGUUUAGACUAUUGUCUGACGGGACUACAAAAUGGAGAGAUUGUGGCGUAUGACCUGGAUAGGGAAGGGCUCACGCCGUUCAAGAUCCCCAAUCUCUGGCGCGAGCGCAAUCCAAGAGCACGCAUUCUGCCGGUGGUGUCCAUUCAGUUUCACCCAAAGGACAUCGGGACGUUACUCAUCGGGUACUCCGAAGGGGCCGUGAUCUACUCAUUCAAGCAGAACAAGGCGCUCAAGUUCUUCCAGUACGAGGUGCCCAGAGGCGCUCCUGGUGGCGAUGGAGACCCGGCGGGUGUCAAUCAAGCGCGACAUCCUCGACUCACUCACGCUGUAUGGCAUCCCACCGGCACGUUUGUGUUGACAGCCCACGAAGACUCGAGCAUGAUAUUCUGGGACCCCCGUGACGGUAGAGCGAUUCAUGCAAGGAACCUAGACGAAACUGACGUCAAUGUCCCUGGCCGUGGCUCGUCCAGGGCUGGUCCUGGCGCCGGUUCAGUUAAAGAGCCCUAUUGCAAUAUCUACUGGUGCUCAAAGGAGAACGCCGACGAUACGGGCCUUCUCAUCGCUGGAGGCUCAUCCACGACCAGUCCGAGCAAAGGAUUGACCUUUAUUGAUCUCGGACUAACACCGAAUUAUCAGACAUCAACCUGGGACUACUUGGCAGGCCAUUUUAGAAACCCAAAGAGAGUACAAAUCCUUCCCACACCGCCAAACACUCAGGUAACGACCUUUUUGCCAGUUCCACGAGUAUCUCCGCACUUUGCAGGUUCUCAUGAUCCUAUUGCGGUCCUGACUGUCUUAUCCUCUGGCGAGCUUCUUACGAUGAGUUUCCCUUCAGGACACCCAAUUACUCCUACGAACCAGCUUCACGUGUCCUUGUCGUUUGUGCACCCUUUCGUCACAAAGACAGCUCUUUCCUACGUUGACCGAACAAGAUGGCUUGGUAUGAGAGAAUUACGUCAACACGGGCCGAAUAUCUUGCUGGGAGGUGCGGCAGGGACGAAGCCGCUUAAAAGACACGAAACCCGCAAUAUUGUCCAAGCAGCACAUGCCGACGCGACGAUUCGAGUUUGGGAUGCAGGACAUGGGGAUCUGAUUGAGAAUCCUGGUGUCAUUCAAGUCGAUCUCGGUAGAGCCGUCGGCCGCUGGGAUCAGUUAGACGUUUCUCAAUUGAGUAUGUCUGGCGCAACUGGAGAAUUAUCCGUCGGACUUAGAUCUGGCGAAUUGGUUGUCUUCAGGCUGAAUAGAAAUCAGUUUGCUGGACAACCACCGGCCGAUCCUGGCUCAAAUGGUGGACCCGGCCAAAUGACAGACAUCAGCAGACGAGCUGAUCCGAAUCUGAGAGAAGGACUUUUACCAUUGACGAUGACAAAUGACCAGCAAGGACCCGUCACGGCUCUCCGUCAUUCUGAUGUUGGGUUUGUGGCUGCCGGAUAUGCUGGAGGCGGAGUCACGAUAGUUGAUCUUCGUGGACCAGCCAUCAUUCAUACUGCGCUGUUGAACGAGAUUGUUGCGACCAAGCAUAGACGGAAUAGUGUUCGUCGGUCUGCCACAACCCCGCAAUCUACUGAGUUCGCAACGGCAGUGGAAUUUGGCAUCAUGACCCUUGAUGGUGACGACUAUUCUUCACUUGCCUUGUUCGUAGGCACAUCUCGCGGCAGGAUUGUGACUUUCAAGAUCCUGCCUUCACAGUCAGGACGAUACACGGCACAAUUUGCCGGGGUUGCUCAAACUGCAGACGACAGAAUCGUGUCAAUAUCGCCCAUUGACGCUCACACGGGAGCUCUGGCUGCAGCGACGGGACAGGCAAUGGCAGGGCUGCAGUCAGGUCGGAGAGUAGAUGGUGUUUUGGUGGUGGCAGCCGUUUCAUCUGUCCACAUUUUCCGUCCGGCCUCGGCAAAAGGCGCCUCGAAAACGUUCGACCAAUAUCUUUGUGACGCGGCAAACGUGACACGCUUCGAAGACCGCGGCUACGCACUGGUCGGACUCUUUGGAGACGGAACCGCCCGAGCAUUCUCCAUCCCAGCUUUGAAGGAGAUUGCGAGCACGCGGGUCAACCACAUCCUGGACACGAAACGGUUCAGCGAGGCCAUCGUCACCCCGACCGGUGAUAUUCUGGGUUGGGCGGGGCCGAGCGAGGUGUCCAUGGUUAACGUCUUUGGCGCGGGCCUGCCCUUGGCCCCCAGCACCGACGCGCUCUACGAUCCCACCAAGAUGGUUCCCCCCCGGCCCACCAUCAGCAACCUCCAGUGGAUCGCGGGGACGCAGUACAUUACUCCCUCGGAUCUGGACAUUCUGAUCGGCGGGGCGGACAGGCCGCCUUCCAAGCGCAUGGUCGCCGAGAUGCGCGCCGCCCAGGAGGCAGAGUACGCGCGACAGAGGGAGGCCGCGCGGACGGGACGCGCGCCCAAACCCGACCCCAAUCAGGAGUCCUACUGGGCCUACAUGCAGCGACAGCUGGCCGAGAGGACCGAGAACCUGGGGCUGGCGGGUGACAGUAUGGACCGGGCGGCGGACUCGAGCAACACGUGGAGUGACGACGUGAGUAAAUUCGUCGCGAAGCAAAAGAGGCAAGCCGCCCUGGGGUUCGUGGCGUCCAAAUUUGGUUUUUAGCCUCGCGUCUUUACGUUCUGACACUGACCAAGUAUAUGUUGAAUAUCUCGGAGCCGGGUUGGGCUGGCUUGGACUAGGUAGCUAGAUGUGGUAGUUUAUGCGUACGGAUAUAAGCAAUGCCCGACUGAACAAAGUUUUGGCUGGGGAAUCGAAAUUCUCUUCCUGGCACUGUUCAAAUGUAUAGAACAAGUAUAGAACAAGGUGGUUUCUGUGCUCGGGAACACCC